GAUUAGACAGCCCAGAGAAAAGCAGCCAUGCUUUGACAGAAAGGUUCACGGGAUCAUCGCUAUCCUGAUAGUCAUAAGGUCCAGGAUGUCAUCCAGUGAAGUUGAGAAAUCAAAAGACACUGUACCCAACAGUGAGAAGAAACAUCAGGCACCAGAAGUGCAACAACACUCCCAACCUGUCAACAAUGUCUCGACCAAUGCAGAUGCAAGCACUGUAGCUGCGAAGAACCUGGCACUUCUUCAAGCCCAUUCCUUAGAUGUGAAGUUUGAGGUCGGUGAAGAGUAUGACAUCAUCGAGACCAUCGGUACAGGCGCCUAUGGCGUCGUAUCAUCCGCUAGGAGGCGAGACAACGGACAACAAGUGGCGAUAAAGAAGAUUCCAAAUGCCUUUGAAGUUGUGACAAAUGCCAAGCGCACGCUUCGCGAACUCAAAAUCCUGAAACACUUUAAACAUGACAACAUUAUUGCAAUUAAGGACAUCCUUCAGCCUGUGGUGCCUCCUUCAGCCUUCAAAUCAGUGUAUGUAGUCCUUGACCUAAUGGAGAGUGACCUCCAUCAGAUCAUCCACUCGAGACAACCUCUGACCCCUGAGCACACACGCUACUUUCUGUACCAGCUUUUGCGUGGUCUGAAGUACAUCCAUUCAGCCAAUGUAAUCCACCGUGAUCUGAAGCCAUCCAACCUGUUGGUAAAUGAGAACUGUGAGCUGAAAAUUGGGGACUUUGGCAUGGCCCGGGGUUUGAGUGCUGCCCAUACUGAGGAGUCACGUUCCUUCAUGACAGAGUAUGUGGCCACACGUUGGUACCGUGCACCAGAGCUCAUGCUCUCACUUCAUCAUUAUAGCCUUGCCAUUGACCUUUGGUCAGUGGGCUGCAUUUUUGCCGAGAUGCUGGGUCGGAGACAGCUCUUCCCAGGAAAGCACUAUGUGCACCAGCUUCAGCUGAUUCUCUCCGUCUUGGGUACACCACCUGAGAGUGUGGUGGGUGCUAUUGGAGCUGAAAGGGUGCGCUCUUUUGUCCAGAGCUUGCCUUCCAGAGCACCUGUGCCCCUUGCCAGACUGUACCCACAGGCUGAACCUGUUGCACUAGACCUUCUGAGUGCCAUGCUGCAUUUUGACCCUCGUGAACGAAUUAGUGUGUGCCAGGCACUAGAGCACCCUUACCUUGCCAAGUACCAUGACCCAGAUGAUGAGCCUGUGUGUGUGCCUGCCUUUGAUUUUGAGUUUGAUCGGCAGCCCAUGGGGCGAGAGCAGAUCAAGGAGGCCAUACUUGCUGAAAUACAAGACUUCCACCAGAAGAAACAAGGUAGCAGGAAGAUCCAGUUCAAACCACUACAGAGAUUGGGACGAGUGACGGGGAGCACAGGUAAUCAUGCCUGUCCAAUGGUGCCCAGUACUCAAAUCCAACCAAAUGUGACACACCCUCAGCAGCAGAAAGCAAGUCAAACAUUAGGCAUAACGCAGAGCUCAGGCACCUUGGUUCCAUCAUUAAAUAAGCAAGCUCCUACACCUGACUUUACCGCUCUUGCCAAUUAUUUGACACCAUUCACAAGAAGCUGUCAGGAUGUGGACAUGCCCAGCGCAAAUUCAGAUGGACAACCAGAGACCAUUGACCUUACCACUCCCACAUCCAGCCAAGGCACACCACCUUGUGAACCAACUGGAAACUCCACCAAGAGGGAAGACCUUGCUCCUGAAAGUCAAGCUCCACAGACAAUUCAGAGCCAGGCACUCCACCAGCCACCAGCCACUACAGCACCUUCAUCCAGUCUUACAAAAUCUGGGGCCUCUCUUUCUCUGUCUCAGAUGCAAGCUCAGUCUCUCUCUCAGUCACUCUCUCGCUCACUUGGAAAAGGGGGGAAAGGAACUUCUGGGGAAACCACUCGAAAAGAAGGAGCAAUUUCAGAUGAUACCAAAGCAGCACUCAAAGCAGCUUUGCUCAAGUCAGCACUAAGGCAAAAGGCAAGAGAUGGAAGUGCAGCGGCCUUAGGUAUAGACCUGGGCAGUGGGACUGGGAGCUCGUCUUCCUUGGUUUUGUCCUCAGGUCCAGAACACAGGAGACCUGUUACAGCACAAGAGAGACAACGAGAGAGAGAAGAGAAACGAAGGAAAAGGCAGGAACGAGCAAUGGAGCGAAAGAAAAAGCUGAGAGAAAAGGAGAAAAAGGAAGGCAAAUCAGGCGAGUCCUUGGGUGGUGUUGUGCUGAGUGACAAUGACAAGAAGCUACUGGAGCGGUGGGGACGAAUGAUGGACAAAUCGCAAGUCAUUGAAAAUAACCCUACUAAGUCCAAUAACAAUAAGACAGGUUCUUGUCAGAUGCAGGCAACUGUGGGAAAAGGCCUGAUAAAAAUGUCAGCAGACACUGUGGAAUCAGUGCCAGACAAACAACCAAGUGAGUCGCAGGCAUUCAAACUACCCCAACAAAUAGUGCCUCAGAUUGGCCAGUGUGUGGUUUCUGGAAUAUUUCAUCCACAUGCCACCUUCAAUUCCUUGCCAGUCCCUCUAGGCUCCACUCAAAAUGGGGACAUUGGGAUAGUGGCAGUUAGUGGAGGUGUAGGGGGUGAGGCUCUGGCCAUAGUUGGAGGUGGGACACUUGGUGUGGUUGCAGCCCCAUGUACCCUUGGCAAAAAUGACACGUUAAAACCCCCACCUCCAACUCAGUUUCAGGGGUGUGGGACAGUAUUAACCACAGUAGAGAACUGGACGGGAAACCAGGCCAGUGGAGGAACAGCACAGCAGCAGCAAGCACAAAUCUCGCACCAGUCUCAGCAGAUACAGUUGUCUCCUCCACAGCUGAGCCAUGUGAGCUUACCCCAGCAGUCAGUUCUGUUCACUCAACCCCAGUCUCUUCCACACCCCCAACAAAUCCAACCGCUUCCUAGUGUUGAAAUGCCUAUCACUAACCCUCCAGUCAAACUCUUCUCAUCAGAGUCCUUCAUCAACAAACCUAGAGCAUUAACUCCCAAUGGGAUGACAAGAGUUGGAAUUCAGGACACCAGCAUGUCUAUCCCUAACCAGGACUCAGUAGUUGCUUCUGAGCCCCUGGAGAAGUUGUGUUCUGCACUUGGCAAGCAGCAAAAUGGUACUCCUUCACAUGAACCUUCUCACGGGGCACCUGGAUCAUCAGCCCAAACAUGCCUCACAGACACAGGGCUACCAGGGAGCUGCAGAGCACCAGACAUCCAUACAGUCACACUACAGCUGUCUAAAUCACAGGUUGACGAUAUUUUGCCCCCAGUUUUUUCUGUGACCCCCAAGGGCAGUGGGGCUGGAUAUGGCGUCGGCUUUGACCUUGACGAUCUCCUCACUCAGUCACUCACUGACCUCCAGCACACAGACCUCAGAGAAAGUCACAAUGAUUCUGCACCCCUCUCUGCAUCCUUGCUGUCAGAUUGGCUGGAAGUACACCGCAUGACCCCAGCUGACUUGGAAUCACUUCAGCAGGAGCUUCAGCUUGGAUCACCCAUGAUUCUUUCUGACAACUCCAACCUCCCUUAGACUACAUUCUACCCUUCUCAGUUUCAAUAAUGGCAGUAUGGCAUCUUAAUUUAUUCUACCCAAGAUCAUGUACUAUACCUCCAAAACAAGUGCCAACUUCACUAUAAACAUGAGUUGAACUUUGAAGGAGUUCAUGUUUAUAUAGGUUGUAGUUUGUUUUCCCUUCAAAAUGACUUUACAAGUUUGGCAUAGUGUAGGUUCUCUCAUACACCUCUUCAGAUCAGUGUAUGUAUUUCAGUUGUUUCCUCUAGGCAUGUACCUUUUUGAAGUUUUAAUCCUGAGAAUUUUAACAAGUCUAACAAAUGGCUAAAAUUGUUACCAUUCAUGACCAAAAAUUGAGGCCUAGUUAGCAUUGUGGUGCUAAAACAAAGCAUUUUACUUGAAUAUCAUUUUAAUAUGCUGAAAGAUAAACUGGGUCACAGGCAAUUGGUUGAUCUCAAUUUUCUAAUGUACCACAAUCUUUAUUAAAACUGAAAGUCUGAUCCUUUGAGACAGAAACUUGAGACUUGCCUAUUGACGGCUAAGACUAACUGCAGCCAAGUGUAGAAGCACUACAAAAGUUCUGUACUUGUACUAGGUGCAACACCAAUGGCACACUGAGCACUCAGUGUAGAAGGACAUAGACUGAAAAAGAUCAACCAUUGCCUUGGAACGAUGUUCAUGGUAAAUGUAAACACCACGACACGCUUCAGAGUGCUGGCUGACGUAGUGUUAAGAGCAGCUCAGGUAGAUGUUACUAAGCAGGUUUGAGUGGGCAUUUUCUGAAUAUGGUUAUAUAUUAGUGUUCAUAUGAAUGAUUUUGCACCAGCAUGACAAAUAACAUUGGAGUUGGUUUCAGCACAAAAAUAAAUAAUGAAUAAUGCAAGUGAUUAACAUGAAUAUGCAGAUAUAUCCACAACAUACAUACUAUAUAUGCAUACACAUACUACACAGUUACAAAGUUAAAAAGGCAAGAUUAAAAAAAAAUAAUCUAUCCCACAAUUAACCUAUUUAAGGCUAUUUUCCUCAACUUGUCAAAUCUUGCAGUUGAUAGACAUUUCAUAAAAUAGUCUGCUUAGAGUUUAAACAUGCAAACUGCAUUUCACUUUUGAUUAAACUUAACUGUCUAUAAUCCGAGUAGUAGUGCACAUUUCACUGAGUAGCCACUGAAUGCAAAGGCAAGUAGAACAUUAUAUACUGUAUGUCAAAUACAAAUCACAGUCUGCAUUGCCUCUUUAUGACAUCAUUUGAGGUUUAUGAGUUUAUCCUUCCCUUGGCAUUAGAUAAGUUGACAUUAUCUUAGUAGCUGUGCCAUAGUUAGUGCGAUUACUGUCCUGGUGAGUAUGAUGAGCCAGCUGGUCCAGUUGUGAUCUGCUGCACCACGCAGUUGUAGUCCCUGAACGUGGCUCGUAAUAAAGUUGGAAAAGGCUGACACUCUAGCAUAAACACCUGGCCGGUUAGGCUGGGCACAGCCUAGGCCAAAGCUCACAAUGCCAGCCUGUAGCCAGGUGCCACUAGAGGUUUGGCACAACAGCGGUCCCCCAGAAUCCCCCUAAGGAGAAGUUUGAUAUUUUUCAGAAAGCUCAAUAAUAGUAACAAGGAAUGUAUAAUACCCAUAUUAAAAUCUUUCUAUGGAUCCCAAUAUGUUGAGCAAAAUCCACAAAUGCAUGGUACAUCAGCUGAGAAAAUGCAUACACCAUAAGGGUGAACAUUUAGAGCAUAUGUUGUAAAUAAUCUGCAUUUUUUCACUCAGGGUACACAUUUCUGUUCCAAAAUGGUCAUUUUUUGAAAGUUUAGUUUUCAGAUUUUUAGUCAGUGCAUUUUGUUUCCACAUAUCUUAAUAUUACAGUGUGAAAAUUUUCAUGAGGUAUCCUCAUCUGAUUUAGAACAUAUGGCCUGUUGAUCAAGACGACUGUUUCGGUGAAUUGGUGGGGGCUACAGAGAUGGAGUGUAUAUUUUUUUCCACAGAAUAAAAAAAAGAAAGAUUUAAAAGGUAUAACUAGAUAUUUUAUUGGAAAUAUUAUGAAAUACAAUUUGUAUGGCAAUGAGCACAGAAUCAAAUAUCUUUUCUAACGAAGAAACACCUAACGAAGAAUUGGGGGCUACAGAGACUACAUGGGCUACGGAGACUACAUUUCUCAAUUAAACCACUACUCAGUGCAAUUACUUCAAGUCUGUAAUGACUAAAGGCAUUUUUAUACCUUUACUUCUCAUGGUAAUUAUAAAAACAUUAUGGGAAAUUCUUUAACCCUGAUUAAACCCCGAGUUUAGAGAGGGCUACGGAGACUACAUUGCUUUUUCCAUUAUCCUAGUGAACAUUUUCAAUGAAUGCUGAAAGGUGUCAACAAAUUUUUUCUGAGCAUUGUUCCUCAUAUAUAGAGAUUGAAACUACCAAAAUUUAUACCAUUAAAAGAAUUAGGUGAUUUAAUUUUUAGGUUCCUUUUUGAGAACAGUGACCAAAAACAUCAUUUGGCAUAAUGACGGACAAAUUAUUAAAGAACUGCAAAAUUUUUGGCAGGUGAUAAAUGACUCCUUUAUAUGCAUGUAUUAAAUUAAGCAGAGAUACUACAUUAUCAUUUCCUAUCAAUCUUAUAGCACAAAAUGCACUAGAAAUGUGGGAUUUUGUAUGAUGUUAUAUAGUUCAAUGUACAGUGGAACAGUAUAACAUGCCAAAAUGGCCCUAAAAUGGACCAAAAAGGCAUAAAAAGAAAAUCAACAUGGAAACAAAAUUUAAAAAAAGUGUUCUCUGGUAAUCCGAGGACACUAAUGUAAACAUACACGUUUAAUACAAGAAACUUGGCAUGUUUUUUUUUUUUUUUUUAAUACACCUGCAUAACAUCUUAUUUCUCUAAAUGUGUACCCUGAGUGAAAAGAUGCCGAAUAAAUACAAAAUUAAGUAUAUGUAGAUUUACUCUAAUUGGAUCUUGAGUUUUCAGACACACAAUAGACAACACACACUUACCUGGCAGGAAUCUUUGCCCCCUUCUUGAAAGCCAGCACAGAGCAUGUCAUAGCGAAUGUUAACCUGCUCUGACGCUUGGAUGUGGAACAUCUCUUGGCAGGCGGCUUGAUCAAUAAUUGGCACCUGCACCUGCUGCAAAGUUCCCACCCCCUGCAAAGAGACUACACCCAACGACAAAAGAUGGCUUACACUAAGCCAUAUACUCUCACCCCAUUCACAUUUUAUGUUCUCUAACAAUUUUCUACACCACCAUGAUAACUUUCAACAAAAUUAGUGUUAUUACAGGGCACAGUCUUCAGGCCUCUAUCUAGUUCCUGUUUUGUAGCGCAAUGAAACAUCUCUCUGCAGCUGAAAUCCUAAGUGCAUCAGUGGCCCAAGACCAAGAUAUAUAUGAAGUCUUACUUGUUUUUGGCUACAAUUACUCCACCUAAUAAUACUAAUAUAAUACAAGAAACAUGUUCUCAAGCUCACCUCAGGCUGUUUAAUUUAUAUUUUAACCUUAAUAGUGAACUCUUUGUCUAGCAUCCUCACCCACACUCACUUCCAUCUCUUAUGUCUCCCCAGCCUGUGAUGGUGCACAACAUUCCUCCAGGAAAUGAAACAUCUGCAUUUGGCAGGCACACAGGCUGGACGUGAUCAGACCAUGUGACUGGGCUCUUUAACUCCACUAAAGCUAUGUCCUGGCCCAGCUGUGGGUCCGUGUAGCCAUAUGGCACCACCACACGCUUAAUCUUAUGCGACGUCUCAUAUGGGUUCCAGCCGUUCAGCUGCAGACGACCUACAUAGAUUAUAUACUGGGAUGUGUCGGAAGGACUGGAAACACCAUAAGAGACAAAGAUAGUUAUGCUGAACAUGCUAAAUUAGCCAACAUGACAAGCAGAAUACACUAACUUGGCUAACAAAUUGCUAAUGGAAAACAUUAGUGGUACGCAAGUUAUUAUUACUAAAUUGUCAAGCAUGAGCAUAUUUGUAUAUUAGCAAGAGAGAAAGAUUUCUGUAAAGAUGCAAACUUUCUGCACAUUCAGAAGGGGAAAAAUGUAAACAUACAUUUGACUGAAAUUCUACUGCAUAGUACCAUCAAGAAUAAUGAUUAAAAUAAAUAAAUACCCCCAAAACUCACUUUGGAAAACAGUGAGCUGCAGACAGAACCCAGUUCUCAGCGAUGAUUGUUCCUCCACAUACAUGUCCUACAAUGGUCUGAAAAUAAAAUGGUUUAUUGAUUGGUUA